AGCCGUGUUUCAUUUACCCGAAAUUUUAGAUAUUCUAAAGCUGAUUAAUUAAUUAAGUGAGUGGUUGAGAUCAAAUACUCGACAUUGCGAAUAUUUCGUGAGAUUAACUGAAAUACCACGUAAACAUGACUAAAAUGAAUUGAAAAACAUCUGACAGUGUCGCCCCCUGACGUUUCCGAUGUUCCGUUCGAUAUUGCCAUGUUGCCAGUUGUCAGUUGUUAAUUGUUGUUACUUGCAGCUUGCAGUCUAAAAAAUGGAUGGUGGUGUUAUUGUGCUGUGCAUUAUUAAUAAAUAAUUAGAGUAUUUCAAGAAAUUAUUUCUCGAUCAGCUAUUAGUAAAAUACUUUACUAUAAAGCAUGCUGAAAAGAAAUGCUUGAUAAUUUGAAAUUGUUAUCUUAGUGGUUGAUCUUAUAUUUAAGAAAUGUUCAAUAGUAGCCUCUUAUAUGAGAAGAGGCCUCUUAAGAAGCCUCGAAUAGGUCCGCCAGACGUCUAUCCUCAAGAACCGAAACAAAAAGAGGAUGAACUGACCAGUAUUAACGUAAAACAUGGCUUUCCUACUAUGACCCAUCUUAGCGACGAAUUUGGAACAGCCAGAAAUUGUAAUGUUACUGCAAGCAAAGUCGGAGCGUAUUUUAACGCUAUUAUUGCUCGGAAAGAAGAGCUCUCCAUGUUACCAGAUUCUGGUCGCAAAAGGCAACAAAUCAAUACAAAGGAUAACUUCUGGCCUGCAACGAUUAGGACGAAGAAUCACAUUGAAGCCUGGUUUAAGGAUUUAGCCGGAAACAAGCCUUUGAUGAAUCUCUCUAAGAAGGCUCCCAAUUUCAAUAAAAAGGAGGAAAUUUUCAUGAUGCUGACCGAGCAUCAGGUGCCAAUGAUUAGAGCUGCCUGGUUUAUAAAACUGAGUUCUGCCUACGCUGUUGCUGUGUCCGAAGCGAAGAUUAAGAAGAGACAGAUGCCUGACCCAACUGCAGAGUGGACUGGCACAUUGCUGAAAUUCCUGAAAGAUCAAAUUCCAAAGCUGUUGGAAUAUUAUUCACAGGCAGAGAAGCCGAAUCCAGCCAACACGUCUCUAACAGCCGUCCAUACUAACGAAACCGAACAAAAACUAGCUGUUCGUCAUUGGGGAUACUGUAUCAGACUGUUGAAGUACAUGUACGAAGAAGGUCUUAUGGAUCGCCAAGAGGUGUUAAGCUGGAUAAUAGAAUUGCUAGAAAAACAAAAAUCGCAGCCGGCCGACGAUGGAAUCUUAAGGUUGUUUCUACCGUUAACUCUCCAGUACUUGGACGAGUUCGUGCAGUCUGAGCUUUUAUGUCGGAGAUUGGCGCAUCUGUGCGCGAAAAAAUUGGGUUUUAUGCUGAAUAACGUCGCCGAGACCAACUUGAUCACCUCCCCGAAUAGCGAAAUAAAAAUCGAACCGAAGGACGGCGAUAAGGAGAAAAAAGAAAACGUUCCUCCUAACCCGAUGCAGAGCACUUUGAUCGAGUACCAGAAUUGUCCGCAUCAUAGAGAUAUAGUUUUGCAGCUGAGCACCAUCAUCCAAACUAUAAACCUGGAAUGUCCCACUGCCUUAGUUUGGUGCGGUACAGGCGUAGGAACGAUCUGGCACGGCUCUCCCUUAGACAACCUGCCGAUCCUCCCGUCUAUGCUACCUGUUCCCGCUCGCUGCGAUAUGACCAGUUACCGCAAGCAAAUAAUUCAGGCGGAGAACUGUAUCCGAGAGAGGAGCAAAAAAGCGGAAGGCCGUUGGUGUACGGACAAAUGGCAGGCGUCUUCUACCGGUACCGUAACGACCAGGGUUUUAGCUGCCCUGGACGCUUUGGAUCGACAUCGAUUCGAUAAGAUGGAUGCCGCUAACUCCUUGGAUACUCUGUAUACAAAGGUGUUUAGUGGAAAUCCAGAUCAAGAAAACGCAGUGGUUAAACUCCUGUGCGAGUGGGCGGUGUCCCCGGAGAGAACCGGGGAGCAUAGGGCGCUCGCAGUGGCUGCCCUGUUAGACAGAAGACAGUCGGACGGUAAUAAUUCGACCGAUCAAGAAACCGCGCCAGGCGACGAUAAAGACUCGAAUAGUUCCGUACCUGGUGGGCCCCCGAUGUUUCAGUCCCUGCUUAUGAAGUUUUUAGAUCACGACGCUCCCGUGCCCGCCCCAGACGAUUGCAUCAUGAAAAAGACGGCCUUCUCAAAUUUAGUACAUCUUUUUUCCGAGCUGAUUCGACGAGACGUGUUUUCGCACGACGCUUAUAUGUGCACGUUGAUCUCCAGGGGCGAUCUUUUGGGCCCCGAAGAAACUACGGACAAUAUCUCCAAUCACCACACCAAAAUGGAGCCAAUGGACUACGACGACGCCAACAUAGACCACGACCUGGACAAAAUCCUCCAGAAUAUAAAAGAGGACCAACAGAACUCCAUGGACGUGCCCGACAGUCCCAAGGAGCACGACCACGGGCACCAUUCACACGUCCCUUCCUCCAUGGGUCACGUUCCCAUGGAAACGGACCACAACGAGUACAAGGUGAAACCGUCAAGACACUUACUGUACACCACCCACUUUCCGUUAUGCCAAGACGAUCCGUUCGCGCAACACGACUGCAACCAGCGCCACGUUUUACUGUACGGAGUGGGUAAGAUCAGGGACGAAGCCCGACACACCGUGAAGAAGAUGUCGAAGGAGAUCUGCAAGCUGUUCUCCAAGAAAUUCAGCGUGGACGUCGCGGAAGGCGGGAAGGUGAAGAAACAUUCCAGGAACGAGUUCAACUUCGAGGCGACCACGCAGAAGUGUCAGAGUUUGAGCUAUUUCGACCAGCAUGUGGUGACGUGGCAGUGCAGCGUUACGGUCAUAGAGAUGUUGAAUUCCUUCGCCACCGGAAAUUCAAAUUACUUGCCCGUGCAGGAGCACGUCGCCUUUCUCUUUGAUCUGAUGGAGUUGGCUUUGAAUAUCUACGGGUUGAUCGACGUCUGCAUACAGAUUUUGAAGGAGCUGCCGGAAGUCGAAACUCAGUUGUACAAUAAGAACUCCGUUCUAAGCAGGAACUACACCACUUCUUUGAGCUUGUAUGUGGUCGGCGUGCUGAGGAGAUACCACUGCUGCCUCCUGUUAUCUCCCGAACAAACCUCUGCCGUUUUCGAGGGCCUCUGCAAAGUCGUGAAGCACGUCUCCAACCCCGGCGACUGCAGCUCGGCAGAGCGUUGCAUCCUAGCCCACCUGUACGACCUGUAUUCGUCGUGUAGCCUGUUGAAAUCCAAGCCGCACACCGUCGAACCCUUCGGGAACGCUUAUCCCAAAAUAAAACAGGCCCUGUACACCGCCCUGCAACCCACGCCGAGCAACAGCUAUUUGUAUAACGCCCAGUACAUGCAGGAGUUGUUUUUGAGUCCCAAGAGGGCGGGCAGGAUCGAUAGCGUGCUGGCCAAGCAGUUGAAUGAGAACGGAAAUAACAGGUAUUCCUUUGUAAGCAAUGCUGUGAUACACGUCGGACGAGAGACGGACAAUGAAAGACUGAACGAUCUGGCGAUUAUGUGCGCCGAAAUGACGGCGUGCUGCAAUUCGUUGGCCUCCGAGUGGUUGGGGGUCCUCCUGGCUCUUUGCAGCCCUUUGUCGCACCCUGGUUAUUAUGCCGAUGUCCUGAAUCAACUUGACAUACAGGACGUUAGUAUUCAUAAUGCCUUAGCAGUAUUCACCUGUAUCCUCAUAGCGAGGCACUGUUUCUCCCUGGAAGACUUCGUCGGCAGGGUCGCCUUGCCUAGCCUCCUCAAGGUAAAGUCCCUGGAUAACAGCGAAGGACGAGCGGAAGCGGGAAUGAGACUGACCUGCCAUCUACUGCUGCGUUUAUUUCGAACGGCCGAAGGCCCCCAACCGGGACUUUAUUCCGUAGGGUCGCCGCCACUAACGGCCCCCAGGCCCCCGUUAGGGGUACGAUUGAGUUGUGAUCGCCAUCUCUUGGCCGCCGCGCAUAGGAAUAUCCACGUAGGUCCCGUUCUAGCGGUAUUGAAGGCCGUGUUGAUCGUCGGAGAUGCUACCGCGAAGGAAGGGACGGAAUUGAGCUUGAGUAACAUCCUGGGGACCAGCGACCUGCAUAGCGGUGCGGAUGGGCCUAGUUUGGAUUUACCGAUAAACGUGGAUGUGUGCGGAUCGAGGACAACGCAUAGGCAAUCUAGCACCGGCAAUGCCGAAAGUACUGCGUCUCUAUCUGCCUUCGCGUGCCACGUCUUGAGAGAAAUUUGUUCCCAGCAAUGGGUCCUCGAGAGGUGUCUCUGCCAUCCCGAGGAACUCUGCGACAUGGACAACCUCUUAGACCCGUUACUGUCGCAUUCACAGGCACAAAGACUGCUGCACAUGAUCUGCUACCCCGAUGCUGGCUCCAGCAUCGACGAUCUAGAUCAGAAAUCGAUGAUCAGUCGAAUCUUAGAGAACCUAGAACAGUGGACGCUUAGAAUGUCGUGGCUAGACCUCCAGCUGAUGUUCAAACAGUUCAGUCCGGGCUCUCCCGAGCUCUCGCAGUGGUUGGAUACCGUGGCCAAGGCGGCCAUCGACGUGUUUCAGCUGAACGCCCCGUACGGCAGCCCGCCCAGGUCGGACGAGAAGAAAACCGACAGCAAAAAACAGCAGAACUCGAUUUGGUUGGUGGCGCCGCUGGUGUCUAAGUUACCGAGCGCGGUGCAGGGGAGAAUCCUGAAGGUGGCGGGACAGGUUCUGGAGAGCGGCGGGUGGUGUAAGGAGCAGAAGAGCAAGGGGAGGUGCAGUUCGGAGAACAACAGUUUGCUGACGCAUCAGCCUUUCCUGACGCUGGUGCUGACUUGCCUCAAGGGGCAGGAGGAGGGGCAGAGGGAGGGGCUGUUGUCCUCGUUACACCAGCAGUUGUCGCAGCUGGUACAACAGGCCAAAGAGGGCAACCUGCAGGACAUUUGCAGCAACGAGAGAACUCUCGACGGCUUGCAGUUACGAUUUGCCUUGGUCGGGGGAGUUUUUGACGCGUUCCAGAGGAACCCGUCCGCCACGACCGACUGGGCCCUACUUUUAGUACAGCUCGUCACGAACGGUCUUAUAGAUCUGCACACCCACAGCGAUUUAUUUACGGUCGUCAUCGAUAUGUUAGCGACUCUAGUGCACUCCGCGAAAGCCACAGAUACGCAGGAUGAUAGCAGAAAAAUGUACCCGAAUCUCUUGAAAAAGCUGAAAAAAGAAGUUGGCGAACGUCAGAACGCAUCAUUACAGCACAUCCGCCAGCUUUUGCCUUUGCCGAGGAUUACCACCGAGAUAAUCGCCGUCGAGCCUGCCGGUUCGAGGAAAGGCAACAAGAACAACUUCGACAGCGUCGACAAAAAACACGAUCUCCAGGUCACCGACAAGCAGCGUGUCAGCAACUGGGACAUCUUGGAAGGCAUGAAGAACCCAGCACCGCUGUCUUGGGCCUGGUUCGGGGCAGUGAGGUUGGAAAGGAAGCCUCUGGCUUGUGAAGACACGCAUCGUCUUUUAAAAUACCACACACAUAAUCUUCAGAGGCCCAUUUCGCAUUAUUUGGACCCGCCGCCUUUGCCUCCCGAGGACUUGGAACCCAUUCCGGACAAGCCCCUAAAGGACAUUGACCUGAAGGCUGACACCCCGUCGUCGGUGGACCAAAGCCCUGCCGGUACGAUCGGUAAGGGUCGCGGCAAAGGGAGAAAACCACGUAAGCCGAAGGCGGGCCCCGGUCAGAUGCACGUCAACCCGAUGGCAAUGGGACAGUCGCCGUUGGGACAGGGUAAUCCCGGCAUGGCCAUGCCCGUGCAGGGCAACAAUCCCCAGAUGGGUCACAAUAUGGGCGGGUACGGGCAGCCGCCGGGUAUGCAGCAGCAGGGGCAGCAGUACGCGGGGAACGCCGGCCAGCAGCAGUGGUACAAUCAGAACCAGAACCCGCAGCAGGGGUAUUACCCUCCUAUGCCUGUGAAUCGUUUCGAGAGGCCGCCCCAGCAGAUCAACCAAUCGAAACAGGCCCUCUCGAAUAUGCUUCGACAGAGACACCCGCUUAAUACUUUCAUCCCGGGAAUGCAGAACAAUCCGAAUUCUGCGCCUCAGAAUACCAAUUAUGGACAGAUGCAGAGGAGCUUCCCCAGACAGUCUAUCAGGCAACCGCAUCCUGGAUCGAUUCAACCGAAUCAGGGAAUGUUCCCUCAGCAGUACAGCAACAUGCAGAGCGGCAUGAGCCAGCAGUACAGCAACUACGCCGCCAACCCUCAGACCAUGAUGCAGGGCAACAUGCAGGGCAACCAGCAGAUGAUGCAGGGGGCCCAGGGCAACAUGUUCGCCGGGCAACAGCAGGGAUUCGGCCAGGCCAGGCCAGCGCAGCCGGAUUACCGGCAGAUGGGACAAAAUCCGAGAGCCCCUUACAUGCAGCAAGCCCCCAACGUCACGAUGAACACGAACAUGAACACCAUGGGAGCCAUGGGUGGCCAAGGGGGUCCCGCUCCGCCGUAUUCCCGUACCGCAGCUCAGACUAUGCAGCCGAACGUGCAGAAUCAGAAUCAGUUCCAGCAACAGCAGAGGAUGAGGCAGCAGAUGUUGGCCAUGCAGCAGCAGCAGCAGCAGCAGCAGCAGCAGGGGGGGCCGCAGGGCAACCAGCCCAGUCCGGCCCUCGUGGCGCACCUGCAGAGGCAGCAGAUGAAUCCCAAUCCUUAUCACCAGCCACCGCCGUACAAUAUGCAGUAGUUUUAUUUACGUACGCGAUUUAUUUUAAUUAUUGUACGCUUCUGCACGAGUGAACGUUAUUGUGUAUAUUUUUAUUUAUAUAAAAGGAUUAGUUUUUCUUUUGACAAAAAUUUUUGCUAUUUUAAUAUUUAAAGUAGUUUUUCUUGAGGGGACGGACCAAAAGUAGUUCAAAUGUCUCAUGCAGUAAUUUAAUUAUUGUACUCAAAUGGAUGUCAUUAUGUAUAUUUGAUAAACGAGUUGAGUUCUAUUAUACUUUUUCCAAAGUU